GUUUUUCUUUAUUUUCCUACCUACCAACCUUUUUCCCUUUCCUCUUCUCCCUUCUUUCGUUUUGUCGUGUCGACAUUUCUGAAAUCGUGAAUAAAUGAGAAAUAAGUGAGGAAGGAGAGAAGAACAAUGGUAUACAGCCCCAUAAGCAACGCGGCCGCCUCCCCAUGGCGCAAACUCUUCCUCGUCCUCCUUUGGGUGGGACAAUUAGCCUUGCUGCCACCCUACAUAAUCAUAAUCGCCAUGCUGGUGGGGAUAGCACGGGUCUCUGAUUUGAUGAUCGCUCGGUACGUCUCCCUCUCCUCCCUCUUCUAGCUCUUUCCCCUCCACACCAUAUCCCCAUAUCCCCAUAUCCCUCCCCUCCUUUCAUUAUACCUACCUAACCAAACCAAAAAUCCAGACUAAACAUCUUCAACGUCGUCAUCGAGAUCAUCGCCCUCUGCAUCAUCUGCACAGAGAUCCACAUGUACUCGUACUCCGAGCUCCGUCCCAAAACCUUCCUGAUCUUCAAUAUCAUCAAGUUGCUGUUCGGACUAGCGAGUUCGGGCAUUGGGUUCUAUGGGAGUGUGGUGUUUGAUAGGACGGGAAGUGGGUUUUAUACGUGGAUUUAUAUCCUUCUUGCGACGGGGUUUUCGGUUGCGCUUUGGUGAGUGAGAAGUAUUUUCCCUUUUGGUUGAUGAUGGGGAUAGGGGACGUAGGAUGAUUAAUGAGGGGAUGGGGAGGUAAAGUGAGGUGACGGCUAACGGGAACAUAGUAUUUCGUUAUUUGUUACUUUGAUGUACUCGAUCAUUGUUGCAAGUCGGAGUAGGAAGAAGAUGAAUGGGUUGGUUAGGAAGUAUGAUAACGGGAGGCCGUUUGGUUGAUUAGGGGAUUGAUGGUCGUCUUUUUGGAAGAAGCUGGCAAAAUUAUGUGCAUAAGUGGAGU